AUGCAUCUAUCCCCUUCGGCCGAUGAAACCUGGGCCCAAAAUCGGCCGCCAGAUGGUCAUGACACCGAUCCACAGGAUGGCAAUUUCGACAUAUUGAACUAUGGGAUGGAGAAAGAAGAGUUGGUCCCUGCGAUCCCCGCUGAUAUGACUAUAACAGCUAGGACUGAGACGCGUGAAGACUCGCAACAACGAACCUCGCAUUUGAACACUCUUGAUCUCGCUUUCAUUUUACAUCCAUCACACGAGUCCACAACCUCCGAUCAGGCUCAAAAGCUGAGCUCGAGCUCUCAGAAUAGUGGACAGACAGGACUUUGCCGCCAAGCUUGCACAGAGCUAGGCAUCUCGCAAGCUGCCAUGAAUCAAAUCAUUCGAGUAUUUUUCAACAACAUGGUCGCCAUCAAUAUCUUUCAUGAGCCUUCAUUUGCAGAAAAGCUUUCGAAUGUCUGUUCGCUCUCUCAAUUGUGUGCCCUCCUGGCGGCCAUAGCUGGUUAUGCCUCACGCUUUGAUGCCCUGAAAAUCGACAACGUAGCUAGCGGCACAGUUCGCCUCGCGAUAACGAGUCACCAACAGCCUGCAUACUUCAUCAACCUAGCCUUUAAGUACAUAAACGAUGCGCUCGUGGAGUGUGACGACGAGAUGCCACCCCUCUGCGUUUUACAAGCUCUCAUUAUUGCAACGCAUUGUCGACUGACUCAGGGGGUCCGCGGAAAGGCGUGGAGAUCUCUGGGACUCUGUGUCAGUUUGAUAUACGAAACAAACUUGCAUAUUCUUGAUUCCAGGAAGGUCGUGAAAGAGGGGAAUCCUCGCCGGUGGCAAGAAGACGAAGAAAAGCGUCGUGCUUUUUGGGCCGUCUGGGAAAUGGAUAUUUUUGCCAGUACCAUCCGUCGGACGCCAACCGCCAUUGACCAGAAACAAAUGGAAAUAUUGCUUCCAGUUGACAACACUCACUGGUUCUCGGGCGACCCUACUUCAAGCUGCUUUAUGGAGACCGACCCAAACCAACGUUGGAAGGCGUUACAGGAGAGUGGCAGCCAGUCACCGAAAGCGUGGUUCCUUAUUAUCAAUUCUCUCAUGAAGGAUGCCCAAAUCGUCUGUGACCCGCAAGUUGUGUGUGCCAUGGGUAAUCGAGGUUAUCACAAGCCAAAGCCAGAUGACUGGGUUUCCACACCCGAAUCGGCCGUGGAGGCUCAUCAAAAACUGGAGACAUUAGCAAAUGCGGUACGGUGCUUUAAUCUGGCCUUACCAAGCCAUCUCCAUUAUCGCGGUCAGUACUUGGCCUUUGGGGCGCCGGUACAAGGGCAGCUGGAAUCUCAACGACAGCAGCAUUGCUCCAUCUACAAUAUCUUCGUCAUGACCCAGUUAGCUCGUUUGAUGAUCUACAGGUAUGACGCGUUCGGAUCUCAAAGUCGUCAUCGUUCUGGUAAUACGGCUGGUCGGGGUACAUUUAGCCCGUUUAAUACAGAUAGUGGAGCGCUUAGCCAAUACUACGAGGCAGCUGAUCGCAUCCUAGAAAUAGUGAAUCGGAGCUGUGAGGACCAUUUUCAGCAUAUCAAUCCAUUCCUAUCUAGCACAAUAUGGCUCUCCUCGGCAGUGCAGCUGGUUCGCAAACAUUUCGCUCGAGCAAAUUCCAAUCGAGACUUAAUAAAGUCGCGCUUCGACGUUCUCUACUUGACCUACAAGCGAUGCGUUCAGUUUUGGAACAUUCAAACAGCUCUCCAAAGGAACCUAGAGUUUAUCGAAGCGCAACUGGAAGCUGUGUACAAGAGACCGGAGACCCGAGCUUGCCCACCCUUUCAAGAAGCCUCUAAACGAGCAUCGGAACACGUUAAAUUGAUCAACCGGUUUUCCUCGGAUCGGAAGGGUCAUUACAUUGAGCACGAUGCGAAAAGAGCGCGAACAUCCCCACAAGCCUCUCAAUACCUACCCGAAACACCCAGUGUCCCGCUCACUAGCUCAGUCCCGAUUGAUGACGGAUUAGACAUUACAGCUCAAAAUUAUGCGCAACAGCCCCCGGGCGCAGCAGAUAGCGAGGCAAUGCUGGACUUCAUGACUCUUCCACGACCCAAUAGCAACCUGAUUUCCCCGGACUACAUGAUGCCCACGAACUCUGAUUUCCUCGAUUCAAUAUAUCUGGGUGACUUCCAGCUCGAUCAGUCCUUCGACUGGCCCACCUUUGACUUUCCAGGUGGUAUACAUGAUAUCCUUGCUGGGCGGAGUACAUACUAG